AUGAGUUUUGUAUGUAACACGAGUAGGAGAAUAACCUUUUGGGCCAUUUUUAUUUCUUUAAUUUGGUUCCCCAUUUUAUGAACUAUCAAUAUUUUAGUCCUAUCCCACCUGACUCUUUGAUGACCUGAGGGACACUAUAAAUAUAGGAACAAUUUGCACUUCUCUUCUGCACCAAAAAAAAAAGAAGUCACAAGUCCUUAAAAAGAUUAGAUUUUGUUUUCUUUCUUUCCUUAAUCAUUUAUGGCUUCGAAAAUGUGUGAACCCCUUGUGAUUGGUAGAGUGAUUGGAGAAGUUGUUGAUUAUUUCUGUCCAAGUGUUAAGAUGUCUGUUAUUUAUAACUCCAACAAACAUGUCUAUAAUGGUCACGAACUCUUUCCUUCCUCAGUUACCACUAAACCUAGGGUUGAAGUUAAUGGUGGUGAUCUCAGAUCCUUCUUCACACUGAUCAUGAUAGAUCCAGAUGUACCUGGUCCUAGUGAUCCAUAUCUCAGGGAACAUCUACACUGGAUUGUCACGGACAUUCCAGGCACUACAGAUUGCUCAUUUGGAAGAGAAGUGGUUGGGUAUGAGAUGCCAAGGCCAAAUAUUGGAAUCCACAGGUUUGUAUUUUUGCUGUUCCAGCAGAAGAAAAGGCAAACAAUAUCGAAUGCAGCACUCUCCAGGGAUCGAUUCUGUACUCGAAAAUUCUCAGAAGAAAAUGAACUUGGCUCUCCUGUAGCUGCUGUUUUCUUCAAUUGCCAGAGGGAAACCGCUGCCAGAAGACGUUGAUGAUAUAUAUGACUAUUGUUUUUCGGGUUUAGUAAAAUCUAUGACUAGAAGAAGCAGGUUAAUAAUUUCAAAAAGACGUUAAUGUUUUAUUUGGGGGGUAUUGUUGUUGUUGUUACUAAUUAAAUGCAUGUACUACUCAUCGAUCUUACAAGAUCAUCAGGGAUACAUGUAAUGUAAUAGUAGAGUGGAGUGAAGACUUGGAGUACCAUGUUUAAUUUGAAUAAGACCUAUAUAUAUAUAUGGGUUGUUGUUCACCCUCUUGAAUGUAAUGGCCAAGGUGCAUGUAAUAUUAAUCAUUGUAAAUCAAUGUUUGAAUUACGACUAGUUAUCUAUGUGUG